AUGAGAAGGAAAGUCUGGAAUAAGAAAAGGGGUCUGGAGCUUCAUAAUCGAAUUGGUCUAUCAGCACAAUUCAAGAAAGGAGCAAUCCUUAGGUCUGUAGCGGCUUCUAUUUCACUAUCUAUGGCAGUCGUGGUAGAUUGUUACUCAAUGAGGCUGAAGCAACCUUACAGACAGAUGGGGCAAGUACUUGGGCUAAACUGUGAAGGCAAAGAGGAAGAGGUUGUGAGCAAGCUUAUUGAAUUACAGGGGUUAGGUUGGCCUGAAAAAUGUAGGAAAGUCAAACGGGUGCUUAAGGAGAGGAACAUAGAUAUGAUACUCUUGAAAGAGACCAAAAAAGAGGUAGUCAAUUCAGAGCUGGUGCAAACCAUUUGGGCUGGGGAAAAAAUGGAGUUUAUGUCAGUUGAUUCAGUAGGGACUGCUGGUGGGCUUCUCUUUAAUGUUUAUGGGUCAAAUGAUCCUGUAGGAAAAAAAGGGGUAUGGAAUAUCCUUGUGAAACUUAAAUCACAAUUCUUGGACCCAUGGUGCUUGGGGGGUGAUUUUAAUGAAAUUAAAAGCAUUUCUGAAAGAAAAGGUUGUUCUAGGAGGGAUAAGGGGAUGAGGGAGAUCAAUGAAAUGAUAAAGCAAUUAGAGGCUUUCAACUUUAAGCUUUGGGGUUUACCUAGACUGGUCUCUAAUCAUUGCCUUAUUGUUCUGAUGAAGGAUGAGAGGGAUUGGGGUUCUAGACCAUUCAAGUUUAUAAGUGCCUGGUCCUUGCAUCCAAAAUUCUUGUCAUUUGUGGAACAAACUUGGGCUGCUCUAAAUGUGAUGGGUUGGGCUGGAUUCAAAUGUUUAGUCAAACUCAAAGCUUUAAAAUCCACUUUGAAGAGGUGGAAUAUGGAGGUGUUUGGAAAUGUGGAGAGCAAGCUCAAAGCUACAGAGGAGGAAGCUCAUGCCCUUGAUCUAGUUGCUGAAGAAAGGGUGCUAUCUGCAGAUGAAUUAGCCAGGAAGAGAAAACUGAAAGGUGAUGCUUGGCAGCUAAGUAAAAUGCUGGAGAGGAUGUGGUUUAAAAAAUCUAGACUUAAAUGGGAAUUAUUGGGUGAUCGAAAUACCGCUUUUUCCCAUGCUAUGGCCAGGUGUAGAAGUAAUAGGAAUGCCUUAUGCACCAUUUUGGUGAGUGGGAUCACUAUAGAAGAGCCUCCAGCUAUUACAGCUGAGGUGUUGAAUCACUUCAGCAAUAUGUUUGAGGAGUCUUAG